CUUUCCUAAAUUCGAUUGGUAAAGAAUAAUAGGCAGGAGCUCAUGAGGGUGAUAUUAAGGCGAUGUGACAGAGAGAAGUUCGAAUUGGCAAAAUCAAUGAAGUUGUUUUGUUAUGCUAUAAUCUUUCGACUAUGAUCAUCUUCCCCAUUUACAUGGAAGUGCAUUUGAUCGGCAAUUACAUGAAAGGCGUUCUGGGGGUAAGGUGAUGUAAGAUGGAUCUCAAC